UCUCUCUUCGCGCUCUGAAUCACGUAAGUUCCCUUCUAUUCCUUAUGGUCUCUUGUUAAUAAUGGGUAGCCAAAUUAUCCACCAAGCGCAAAGCUGGUAAUCAUGAUGAUGGUGCAAGUGAACCAGUUGGCUUUGAUGAUAUUGAGUCUCUUGAUCCAGAGGAUAGAGAGGCAUGCAGAGCGGCAUGCCACCAUAUCAUCAGUAUCUUCAUUAACGCUGCACACCAGCGCACAAAGAAAGCUCGCCAGUCAAGUUCAGCCAGGAGAGGAGGUAUGACUUUCUUCUUAUGCACUUUCUUAUGUUACUCUCUGACCUUCCUUCUGUUACAGCCAAAUGACGAGCAUGACAAGGAUUUCUCUCUGUUCUUUUAUCUUGGUCUACAUGGCGUAGGAGGCUCUAGUAAAUUGAUACCCCUUUAUCUUGUAGGAUUAACAAGAUGGAAUAACUCAUUUAUAUACACUUACUCUUUCUUUACUGUAAUCCCUUUCGGAAUGUUCAUGAUAACCUCUGUAUAGGUUACGAAGUGGAUCAAUCACCCAAAACACACUUACCAACCAAGGCUA